CAAAAUGAUACCAACAAGCACAAAGGAAAAGGGAAACUCAGUUGAAAACCAAGGAUAAAAAGGGUCAUCACCCCCACAAACACAAAGCCCACAAAGGCGUGGCAGAUCAAAAAACCUACCCGAGUGAUAGAGAUAGAGAGACAACAACAAAACCACUAUAGAGAGAUAGAAGAACAUUGAUCAUCCAUAAACACCAAAACCCUCCAUAUACAUAUACAUAUAUAUAUUGAUAUUCCUUUGAUUCCCUUUCAUCCUUGUCUUCAAUUCCUUGGCUUUUACAAUCAUUAGUUUCAUCGUUUUAUGAAACCCUAGCUAGAAGCCGAGAAAUAUACACGAGAAGGGAAGAUGAUGUGUGGGAAGGAAGAAGAUCAAGGAGAGUGCUCUCAGUCAAUCCAAAACCUACAAGCUUUUCAAGAACACUUGUUCCUCCAACAACAACAGCAUCAUCAGAUGCAACAGCACCAACAAGGUGGUUUGAUUUUUCCACAUGAUCAUCAACCUCCUCCUCCAACUCCAAUCUUGCAGCCAUGGACUUUCCCACCGAUCUACAACCCAACCGCCCACGAUCCUUUUCUCCUCCCAACUCCUCCCCAAAUUCCGUCGUCAUCAUCCUAUGCUUCUUUCUUCAACCGAAGACCUCCUUCUCUCCAGUUCACAUAUGACGGUUCAGCGUCUGACCACCACCACCACCUCAGAAUCUUGUCUGAGACGCUUGGACCGAUGGUUCAACCGGGUUCGGGCGCUUUCGGUCUUCAGGCCGAGUUAGGUAAGUUGACUGCCCAAGAAAUCAUGGACGCCAAGGCGCUCGCCGCUUCUAAGAGUCACAGCGAGGCUGAGAGGAGACGAAGAGAGAGAAUCAACAACCAUCUCGCCAAGUUGCGCAGCUUAUUGCCCAGCACCACCAAAACGGACAAAGCGUCAUUGCUAGCAGAAGUGAUACAACAUGUGAAAGAGCUGAAACGCCAAACUUCCCUGAUCGCUGAGACGAGUCCAGUACCGACCGAAACUGACGAACUACUAGUAGACGAUGCAUCGGACGAGGAUGGUAAGUUUGUGAUAAAGGCCUCGCUUUGCUGUGAGGACCGGUCGGAUCUCCUGCCUGACCUAAUCAAGACGUUGAAAGCCUUGCGCUUGAGAACGCUCAAGGCCGAGAUCACCACACUCGGCGGACGUGUGAAGAACGUGUUGUUCAUCACCGGAGAAGAAGACCCGAGUAGUAGCGAGGGAGAGCAAGUACAAAUGCAGCAUCAACAGUAUUGUAAAAGCUCGAUUCAAGAAGCACUGAAGGCUGUCAUGGAGAAGACCGGCUGCGGCGAUCAGGAUCAAUCUUCCACAGGGAGUGCUAAGAGACAAAGGACUAAUAACAUCAAUAUCCUUGAACACAGGUCCCUCUGACUAAUUAAUAUCAUGCCUAGGGUUUACUAGUUUUAAUUAAACUUCUUUUAUUUCUCUUGGUGGUUUUUGUUCUUUUGGUUGGUUUAGCGUGUUUGUUGUGGUGUAUUUCCGUGAGUGCACAAAUGGGUAAUGAUGGUGUGGUUUGUGUACCACCUGCAUUACUCCAAAAAAUUGGUGAGAGAGAGAGAUGGAGAGAUAUGCAGAGAGAGAAGGGCUUUGGUUUGCUAGGAAGGGAAAAAACAGUGAAGGAUCUUUUUCGUGAGGAGAGAAACCUUAUAUAAAAUCCAAAGAUAGAAACUAAACUGCAUCAUGGUCUUUGAUUUGAUCCGCUUUCAACUCAAAGUUGCAGUCUGUCUGUGUUGUGUGUUGGGGUUUUUGUUUUUUUGCUACUAGUUUUGUUGAUCACUCUCUAUCUAAUAAGAGAAUUGAUCAGAACAGUUGUGGUACUGUUGGAACUACAUAUAUAUGGUACUAUUUCACUAGUCAGCUCUCUUGUGGUAAUGAUAAUGGUGACGAUGUCGUUUUGUCA